GAAUACACUCCUUCCCGUUCCUUCUCCACUUCCACUUCCAUAUGGCUCUCUGGUUCUCACCAUCUUCAAUCUUCAUCCUGUCCUCGCGCUGCUGAUGCUCGUUUCCAUGGCAUCAAUACUCUUGUUUACAUCCCUCUCCCUAUUUUUCUCUUCCGUACUUGAACUUGCCUCCCCUGUCGUCAUCCCCCGUGAUUCUCUUCUCAUUCAACAAGCUCAGUUCUCCAUCUUCUUAUCAACUUCACCAAAUACUCUUUCAGUAAUCUCUCCUCCUCAUCCUCCUUCACAAGGACCAUCACCAUCACCACUACAAGCACAAGCACAACAAGCACAACAAGCACAACAAGUACAACAAGCGACAGUAGCCAUAGUUACAAGUCUCAAAAAAGAGUCUUCAUCCUCUGAUCAUUAUGAUUCAGACCAACACCAACCUCGCCGGAGAAAACGUGACAGGCAAGAUGGCAUCCCUGUCAACCACGUUGAAGCGGAGAGGCAACGAAGGGAGAAACUCAACCACCGGUUCUACGCGCUCCGUUCAGUUGUCCCCAACGUGUCACGCAUGGACAAAGCUUCACUCCUCGCCGACGCUGUCACGUACAUUUAUGAGCUCAGAAACAGAGUUUCAGAACUUGAAGCCCAUGAACAACAACAACAACCAAGCACAAUCAUCACACCAAUGACGUUCAAGAAGGAGAACAACAACAACAACAAUAACAUGGAUCAGAGCAUGAGUAGCAUUACUUCUUCAGCUACUUCAGCUUGUAAUAUCAUCAAUGGUGGUGGAGGUGUUGGGAGGAUGGAUUUAGAGGUGAGAUUGAUAGGGACAAGAGGGCAGAGACUAAUGAAUGCAAUGAGCGAGCUAGAGCUGCAAGUGAGCCAUGCAAGUGUGACUAAGGUUAAGGAACUAAUGCUACAAGACGUUGUGGUUACAGUCCCUCAUGGACUCCAAAGAGAAGAUGUUCUCACUGCUGCACUUCUUUCUAAGCUUGACGCACAUCAUCAUCAUCAUCAGCAGCAGCAGCAUCAGUAAAAACAUCAACAACAAUGCAUGAUAAUUAACUGUGAGGAUCGAAUAAGAUGUUAUAAUUAGUAUAUAUGAUGUUCAUCAUCAUCAUAGUUGUCGUUAUUAUGGUAUUAUUAUAUGAUCGAUUCUCCUAUGAUAUGAUAUGAUAUAUAAAUAUAUAUAUGUAUGCAUGAGAAAGUUGUACUGAACAUAGUGUGCUUCA